AUGAUCGUCUCUCUACUUUUCUGCAUUGUUGGGCUUGGCGACUUAGCAGUCGCAAAAUGGCUCUGGUCGAGCUCUCCAGCCAGCACCUCAGACAUCGAAAGACAGGCAUAUCCCUUGGGCAAUGGGCGUAUGGGCCUCUUGGCCGCCGGGAAGCCUGGAUCCGAAAGCAUCAACAUCAAUCUAGACAGUCUAUGGACGGGUGGGCCAUUUGAGAACCAAAGCUAUUCCGGUGGCAAUCCAGCAGAGGACCGAUCUCAUUUUUUGCCCGGAAUUCGAGACGAGAUUUUCCGAAAUGGAACAGGCAAUGUCAACGCUCUUCUCAGCCCAAUUUAUUCCCACGGCUCCUACACGCCUCUUGCCAAUUUGACCGUCGAGAUUGACGACGCCGAUGAUUAUUCUUCUUACUUUAGGGGUCUAGAUCUCGAUACUGGAGUACACACGGUCACAUUCUCAAGCGGAGAGAAUCACUUCAAUACUUCGAUCUUUUGCUCUCAACCUGAUGACGUCUGUGUCUAUCGCAUCGUAUCGGAGUCACCAUUGCCGACUAUUAAAUUUGGGUUUCAGAACAAGUUCUUGAAUGAAUCCCUGGUAACUUAUACCUGCUGCCAUGGUCAGCUGCAAAUGAGUGGUCAACUAUCCCAACCGGGGAUGAAGUUCACGGGAAUAGCGCAGUCGAUACAACCAAGCGCAAUGCAAUGUGAAGGGAAUUCCCUCGUCUUCUCGAGCGACGCAAAAUCCACCAAUGCAGCAGUUGUAAUCGGAGGUGGAACAAACUACGACCAAGGCCACGGUAACAAGCAAUUUGGAUUCUCAUUCCGUGGAGAAGAUCCAACGCCCUCGGUGAAGAAGACUAUUUCCGCUGCGGUCUCCAGAUCAUACGAAGAGAUAUUAGCAAGCCACAUCGCAGACCACCAGAGUCUUUUCAACAGAUUCUCCCUGAACCUACCGGACUCGUCAAAUUCCACCGCCAUAGAAACAGCCAAUCUAAUCUCUACCUACGACCUCAAUCAAGGAAACCCCUUUGUAGAAUCCCUCUUAGUCGAUUACGGCCGCUACCUUCUGAUAGCAUCAUCCCGUGACAACUCCCUACCCGCAAAUCUCCAAGGCCGAUGGGCAGCAUUGCAGUACCCAGCAUGGGGUGCAGACUACCACGUCAACAUAAACUUACAAAUGAACUACUGGGCAGCGCCGCAAGUCGGACUCGGGUCCUUGCAGCAAGCUCUCUGGAACUACAUGGAGCAAACAUGGAUACCAUACGGCCAGGAGACGGCACGUCUAUUGUACGGGGCAGCAAAUGGGUCGUGGGUUAUUCAUGAUGAGAUAAAUAUCUUCGGGUACACUGGGAUGAAGAACGAUGCAACUUGGGCUGACUAUCCUCUUGCUGGAACGUGGAUGGCUUUGCAGAUCCCAGAGUGGCUUGAUUAUUCCGGAGACGAGGAUUGGUAUCGCCGUCAAGGAUAUGUGAUUCUCAAAGGAACGGUGCAAUUUUGGUUGAGCCAGCUUCAAGAAGAUCGAUAUUUCAAUGAUGGGACUUUGGUUGUCAAUCCUUGUAACUCGCCUGAGCAUGGGCCUACUACUUUUGGCUGCUCGAACCAUCAACAGGAGAUAUGGGAAGUUUUGGAUCGAGUCCUCGCGUUUCGGGAGGAGAGUGGGGAUUCCGACGUGGAAUUCUACCGCAGGGUGGAACAUACUUUGAAUCGCCUCGAUCGUGGAAUCCACAUUGGGUCCUGGGGACAGCUGCAAGAAUGGAAACUCGAUAUCGACGUGAAGAAUGACACGCAUCGACACUUGAGCGGGUUGACCGGCUGGUACCCAGGGUAUAGCGUCGCCAAGGAAGCACACAAUCAAAGUGUUUCAUCGGCAGUCGAAACUAUGCUAUGGUCUCGCGGCAUUGGAAAAGGCAGCGACGCAGAUGCCGGCUGGGAAAAGGUUUGGCGCUCAGCAUGCUGGGCUGUGCUGAAUGACACCGAGCGCGCGAACUUUGAAUUGCGUUUCAGUAUCAGCGAGAACAUUGCUGCCAAUGGCCUUUCGCAGUAUUCUGGGCAUGACGCGCCAUUCCAGAUUGACGCCAAUUUCGGAUUGGUUGCCGCUGUGGCUGCGAUCUUGAUCCGCGAUCUGCCCCAGGUUCACGACGAUCAGAGUAUGCAUACUGUUCUACUGGGUCCUGCAAUUCCUUCAACAUGGGGCCAAGGCUCUGUAAAGGGAUUUCAACUGCGUGGCGGAGGAAGCGUAGAUUUUUCAUGGGAUGCAGAUGGGGUUGUUCAGGAUGCAACAUUGCAUGGGCGAACCAAGCCUUUGCGAAUGAUCAACAUCAAGGGGAGGACGGUCGCCAAUUGA